AUGGGGUCCAGAGCCUUCAUGGUUCAGGGUCAGAAUGGCUUUGGAGUGACUUACUCUCAUCUUCAGAUCUGUGCCUCAAAAGGAUCAACUGUGAAGAUAAACUGCACCUUCACAUACCCUGGAAGAAUAGCAGGAGGAGAGGAAGAACUUUCAAAAACAUUCUGGUUUGCUAACAGAGAAACUUUAAGUCAAGACAUUGAAACAUCCUCACAGUAUUCAGGUCGUGUGAAGAACACCUGUGAGGAGAAUAGAUGUACUCUGAGGAUCACAGACCUGAGAGAGAGCGACGCAGAUCAGUACAUGUUCAGAAUAAUAACAAAAUCUAACAAAUACUUUGGUCGACCUGGAGUCAAACUGUACAUCCCAGAUCUGGAGGUGGUGAUUGGAACGAAAAAUUCAGGUUUGCAGCUCAAGUGUCUCAGCAGCUCUCCUGCCGACACUGCCUUCAUCUGGUUCAAGAAUGGAACGAGAAUUAAACAAGAAAACUCACAAUAUCAUUCACCAGGCCUGGUUCUUCACGCAGACAGAUAUUCCUGUGCUGUACGAGGAUACGAGAAGUGCCCGUCUCCUUCAGUGUAUGCUCCAAAUCCUCCCUCUGUGUCAGGGAGUCCCUCUGCUGAGGUAAAGGUGGGCAGUUCGGUGACUCUGAACUGUAGCAGUGAUGCUAACCCAGCAGCUAACUACACCUGGUACAAGAAGAAUGGAACCCCUGACCUUCACCUCUCCAGUUCAGAAGCACAGCUUGUCUUCAGCGCCAUCCAGUCCUCUGACUCUGGACAGUAUUACUGUGAAGCUGAGAACAGUUUGGGGAAAGCAACAUCCGAAUCCAUCUCCAUUGAUGUAAAAUGGGAUGGGGUACUCCUGGUUGUUGCGGGAUCAGUCGCUGUUGUUCUCCUGCUCAUUUUGUCACUUUUCGUCUUCUUGUGGAUCAGAAAAAAAAAGAGAGCUGUCAGUGAAUCUUCAGUGGCAGAGGAGAGACCGAACGACACAGAGCAGCUUGAUCAGGCACAACCGGAGGAGCAGAAUGAGCUCCAGUACGCCAGCAUCCACUUCUCCAGAAACCAGACAAACUUGUACAGCAACAUCACACCAGCUCGACUCAUCAGACACAUGGAGGAGCAGGACUUCUCUGAGUACGCUGCUGUCAGAUGUGCCAGUACCAGCACCGCCAACAGAACCAGAGGACAAGAAGCCGAAGAAGAUCCUGCUACGGUGUACAGCACAGUCAAAGCCAAAUGAGCACAACAAGCACUGCAUUCAUGUUUAACUUUAAGAGAGAAGCUGUCUUCACCAUAUCAAAGUAAAUGAACAAAUCAGCUGUUCAGUAAUGCUUCAUGUAUUUUAACUAGUCGGCUUCCUGAUCAUUUAUUCCUGUUUGAGGAAAACUCAACAAAAUGAUGUUGAAGGAAUUCAACAAGUGGAGUCUCAGAGAGAACAGAGGACCAUGUGAGGAGACUUGAUCUGCUCACAGCAGACUGGAUACUCUGACAAUGCGUUUUACAUCAGACUUCCACCAGAAACUUGUCCGGUCCGUCUCUGAUCCACAUUGGUCCGACUCCAUGUCAUCGUGUCCGUCAACACCCACCAGUGGUGUUUUCAGAACGCAGCAUGGAGCGGGACCGCUGGACAGCUGGAGUCAUGUGACCGAGGUUU